AUGACGUAUUUGGCUCAGUUCCCUCAGGCUCGUUAUAAGCCCGCACCGGGUCGAAUUGUUGAUUUGGAUGCAAAUCCAAUCAUAAACGCCACCUCGUCAUUCACCAUUCAUACACUCAAUGCUGUCCUCGAGCCAAGAGUGACCAUCAAAGGACCAAACGAAACACCGGUUCAUACCGAACUACGCAAACAAACAUCAACCAUCUACGAGGUUAUCUACAAGCCUCACACCAAAGGCGAACAUGAGGUACUGGUCUCUAUUCGUGAUUCUAAUUCGGGUGAAAUAUCAAACCUGAAUGUUGAGCGAGUGAAUGCGAUCGAAAGUGCUCAACUUGACUAUGAGAGUAACGCUCGCGUUGGUAAAAAGUCUAAUUUCCAUAUUACAAAUGCCGCCGAAGGAAUCAUCGAACUGGUUAUUGUUGAUCCGAAAGGGAAUGAAAUGGCGUUGCCGUUGACCCGCGAAGGCUCGGACUACUUGAGUGAUUUCACGCCAGUGAUUCCGGGAGUACAUUCAGUGAAUGUAUUCCAAAAGAAGAGACAUAUCAAUGGUAGUCCAUUCCCACUCAAUGUCACUGCGCCAUCGAAAUUCCGAGUUUGGGGACGUGGUAUCGCAUCAGAAGGCGUUCGAGUUGGAGACGAAGUCAUUUUGUUCGUCGAUUUAGAUCCUGAAGCCAGCGAUCGUGUCAGCAUUAAUUUGCGUGAUCCG